GCGAGCGGAGGGCGGCGGGCGCUGAGCGGGCGAGCGGAGGCCGCAGCGGCGCUGCGGGGAUGUGACUCGGGCCGAGGGCCAGCAGGAUCGCCAGCGCUACGGGGCCGCGAGGGUCGAACAUUCCAAGUAUCAGAGAGAAAGAUGAGAACUCACCAGGUGCUCCCUUUCCUCGUGCUCUUGGUGAUCGCCUCUGUGGCCUCUGAGAACGCCAGCACGUCCCGGGGUUGCGGGCUGGACCUUCUCCCUCAGUACGUGUCUCUGUGCGACCUGGACGCCAUCUGGGGAAUCGUGGUGGAGGCAGUGGCCGGGGCGGGCGCCCUGAUCACGCUGCUCCUGAUGCUGAUUCUCCUGGUCCGGCUGCCCUUCAUUAAGGACAAGGAGAAGAGAAGGCCGAUAUGCCUGCACUUCCUCUUCCUCCUGGGGACCCUGGGCCUCUUCGGGCUGACCUUCGCCUUUAUCAUCCGGAUGGACGAGACCAUCUGCUCCAUCCGCCGCUUCCUCUGGGGCGUGCUCUUCGCGCUCUGCUUCUCCUGCCUGCUGAGCCAGGCGUGGCGCGUGCGGAGGCUGGUGCGCCACGGCACGAGCCCGGCCGGCUGGCAGCUGGUGGGCCUGGCGCUGUGCUUGAUGCUGGUGCAGGUGAUCAUUGCCACCGAGUGGCUGGUGCUGACGGUGCUGCGUGACACGAAGCCUGCCUGUGCCUACGAGCCGAUGGAUUUCGUCUUGGCCCUCAUCUACGACAUGGUCCUGCUGGCCAUCACGCUCGCCCAGGCUCUCUUCACGCUGUGCGGCAAGUUCAAGAGGUGGAAGCUGAACGGGGCCUUCAUCCUCAUCACCGCCUUCCUCUCCCUGCUCAUCUGGGUGGCCUGGAUGACCCUGUACCUCUUCGGCAACAUCAUCAUGCGGCAGGGAGAUGCCUGGAGCGACGCCACACUGGCCAUCACGCUGACGGCCAGCGGCUGGGUCUUCGUGAUCUUCCACGCCAUCCCUGAGAUCCACUGCACCCUCCUGCCACCCCUGCAAGAGAGCCCGCCCAACUACUUCGAUACAUCGCAGCCCAGGAUGCGGGAGACGGCGUUCGAGGAGGACGCGCACCUGCCGAGGACCUACAUGGAAAACAAGGCCUUCUCCAUGGACGAGCACCAUGCAGCUCUUCGCACAGCAGGAUUUUCCAAUGGCAGCUUGGGAAAAAGGUCCAGUGGUGGCAGCAUGGGCAAGAAACCCAGCGUCACCACCGGGAAGAAACCAGGUGUCUUGGGAAACCAACCAAGCGCUCCGUUUAGAAGCAACGUGUAUCAGCCAACCGAGAUGGCCGUCAUGCUCAAUGGAGGGACUAUCCCAACCGCUCCGCCAAGUCACACUGCAAGACACCAUUGGUGACAGACUUUUCAGUUCCAGAGAAUAAGAAUCUCUCUUACCGAUUUUAUUCCCUGGCCGUGUCUUUCUUGAGGGAGAAAUCAGUAACCGUAGCCGACCCAGGCCACCUCGCAGCCAGCCAGGAGAUGUGGAAAUCCCAGCCAAGGGAUUUCGUGUAAAUGUGAACCCGGAUGAACUGAAAAGCUAACACUGACUGCCCCGCCUCCCCCCCAACACACACACACACACACACACACACACACACACACACACACACACACAAUGCUAAACCAACCUAUCUGUGCACACUGAAGCAGAGCUCAUUGCAAAUAGUGUUAGGGCUCACUCAGAGAUGUGGCUAGGAAGAGAGGUAGAAUAAAACCAAAUUGGGCCCGGCGGAAGUUGAUUUAUUAUGGCAGAGGAAGGUGGGGAGACACCUUUCCACCCUCCUCCAACGAGGGCUGGACCCUAGGGGGCCUCUUGGAAAUGACCUAGUUGCUGAGCACAACUCCGGGCUUGCCUGUGGCUGUCACAUUUCAGAGCUUAGAAGGCUAUGGGAGUGAUAAGCUGAGCCCAAGCAAAGCAUGGGGGAGCUUCAUAAUCAGUAGUGGUGGAGGGACGCUGGCACGGGCCAAAGAAAAAAUACUCUCUGGGCCUUGAAGUGACCAACUCAUGGAGAAAGUGGUGACUCUUGCUGGAGCCUUAUUGCUGAGGCAAGAAAAGCAAGUCCCUCCCCCUGCCUAUUUGGGCAAGCAAUGGCACCUUCUCCCUUAACCAUCUCUUAUUCCUGCACUUACAGAUGCCCCUCUAAGACCUUUCCCAAUCAUAUUCUCAUGUCCAUGUCAAAUGCUCAAAUCAGAUCCAUCACCCAGCUUGAACCUACCAUCCUCUCCCCCCAACCUUUUUGGAGACAGGUUGGAAGGCCAGGUGCCACAGCAGCCUUUCUGUGAUGAUGUCCCAUUGUUCCCCCACUCCCCUAGGAUGGAGAGGUGUGGUAUUCUUCUGUCCAGCAAAUAAGGAUUGUUCUCCAUGGCUGUGGGGAAGGUUCCAGGGUACAGUGAACCAUGUGAGGGUUUCUUACUUCUGGAGGGGGGUGGGAGGGUGUAUGCACCUUGGGUUUUGUUGUUGUUGUUGUUUUUUUGCUGGUUUCAUGCAAAUGGCUGUCCUCCAAGCCCAUUUUGCUUCUGUCGUGAUGCCCAUCUGUCCUGAGCAAGUCAUUCCUUUGUUAUUUGGCAUUUGCAGCAUCCCAGCCAUUAAAAGCCCUGUGUUCUGUGCACUGUUUGGCCAGCAUAAUCGCCAGCACCCAUUCAAGGCAAAAGAGUUUUUAACCUGACGGCGUGGAAUGUAGACACAAGGGAGGGGCCUUCUGCAUCUAAUCACUAUGUUGCUUUUUCUAUACAACUACCCAUAAGCCUUUAACCUUUAAAAAAAAUGGAAAAAGAAAAAAUAAAAGGGUUAGUGUUCGGAGGAAGGAGGGAGGACAUGAGUCCUUCAGAAGCCAGUACAUCUGAGCCAAGUAUGUUUUAAUAAACCUGAUUUUCCCCCCCAUCGGGACCCUAGUCUUCUGCUGCAUCCCCCUUCCCUACACAACCCUGCCCGUCCUUGCAGACCGCUGGGGAGAUAAAGGCCAGUGUGGUCAGCCAUGUGUGGCCAGCCAUGUGUGGCCAGCCUGUGGCUUUUCCUGACUGCUCGUGUAUUUCCAUGCAUGGGGACAAGCAAGCAUGGCACUGACCUAUUACUGACCUAUUACUCCUGCCUGACGCCUCAAGCAUGUGUUUCCUCUUAGAGAGCUCCCACCAUGCCUCAGGCUGAACUGAGGGUCUUGGGGAAGGAGGGAGAGCAGCUAGGGUGGGACUAAGGGAGGUGCAUGUAGACUGGGCGUUGUGAAAAUGUAAACACUCGCUGAACACUUGGGGGCCCAUCCUGGUGGAGGCGGAGGACACCAGCAGUACACCUUCUCCUGCCAGGAGAUGGUCGCCCAGCCCCGCUGUCUGGAGUCCUUUGGAGCUUUCUGAUGCCAUCCGUGACUCACCCAGACCCCCUCCUUACAGAAGGGGGGAGAGUUCACCCCAUCACAGUGGAAGUGAACGCGGGACAAAUGGCGAUCCGCAGAUCAUCUCUGAGCCGUGGGAAAUUCCUUGAGACCUUUAGGGUAUUUGUUUUUCCUUUUCAAAUCUCUUUGGUAGGUUAGUGCGCCUCUGGGUUUUUGUUUAUUUUGGCUUUUUUCUUCUUCUUCUUUAGGACCAGGGUGAGCUGAAUGUUCUCAGGAUGGGUGGAGGUGGGAGUGAGGGCAGAGGGAGAGAUUUGCUAUUCUUGCCAUGGGUUCAAAGUUCAAUCUGAGGAGUGCCAGGAACAGCUCUUCACCACCCAGAGCCUGUGGAGGCAGCACCCCCCACCCCAACAAAGCUAAAGUACAGACUGGCCUGUCUCUUUAAGAUCUGGUGGUGUAAACAAAAUGGGGAGGGGGGGGGUCCUGCCACCACAGCAGCAUCUGUGAAUAAUCCCCAAUUGUAAGCACAAAUCUUCACACAUCCGGUUAGUGACAGACAUCUCUUUGGGACUAUCCUAGCCACUCCUGUCCCUUUUAUGAAGCUUGUUCUAUCUUGGGGUGAGGGGCCCAGAGAAUGAGCUCUGAGAUUUUACCAUUUAACAGACAGGGAAGGCCCUGUGUGCCUGCUGGGUUGCAGGGUUUUGAUUCCCUUGUUGAAAGCUGGGCAUCCAGCGCUCCCCACCCCCAACCCCAGCACAGAUGCAGUCAGGGCUACAGAACAAUUGUAGAGUCGGGACAGCUUCUGGGUUAGCCAAGACUCAGGCUGAACCCCAAAUGAAAGGAAGGCUCUGUAGCUUUGACAGGCGAAGAUGUUAGUAAAGAUGCCAGCUGAUGGCGGUUCUCGGCAGGUGCUUUUUCUUAAUUGAUCCAAGAGCUCCGGCUCAUUUUGAUAGAUAAUAUAUAUUUAUUAAGAGCAUUCACGUGUGUUUUAUAAUGUUCCUUGAUUUCCCCUUUGCUGACUCGCAUAUUCAGAAAAAUAAAAA